AUGCCGAAGUACUGCCUUGGCUUGGAAGAUCCUGCAGGCGGCGAAUCCAGACCCUGCAUUUUUGCUCAGGAUGGAAAUGGUGGACGGGCGCAAACCAGCUCUGGCAAAAGGCAUUGCGCCUUGUGCAGCUUGGAGAACCUCGACCAGGCCUUUGGGUCUCUUGUGGGCAAAGGUAACUUGCAGAGGCAACUCAAGCACUGGCGGCGAGUGGGAUCUCCAACGUAUGAAGCUGCAUUUGCGCUCGGCGCGCUCGCCGCACUAUCUGCUGGCGAGCAACAACUCCUUCGUGCAAAGGCAGGGGAAAGAGGCAAGUUCUGGAAGCAAUCGAGCUGGCUCCACAAGAGGAGGCUGCGUCUCAGACACUUUUUGCUAGGCAGGCCGAUUCCCGUGACAAAUCUCAGCCCAAGAAGCCACCGCUAUUUGCAAACAAUUCUUGCUCGCAAAGGGGAAGGUUGGCUUCUGCAUUACAACCUGGCUCGCCUCCGCAAGAAGGAACCAUUUGCCAACGUCAGCAGCAAGCACAACGGUCGCACAUAUUGGCGAGGCAGGCCUGCUGAUAUGAGGAAAGGGCGCAGCGCUUGGUGGCGAAUCCGCCGAAUCCUCAAAGCCAAAUGCGUGACGGCAGUGGCCAGAGGGCCUCCCUUCGAUGACGAAGGAUUAGCUUGGGCUAUGGACGAAGGAAUCUUACAACGUGGAGCUCUGGUCGCCCUAUCUGGCUCACAAGAAUCCAACCCAAGUUGUUGCUACUUGACUGAAGCUGGAGACAGCCUCUUUUUCACAAGGCUCAGUGGACGCAUGACAUUUCCAACGAAGCAGUUGGCGAGCGCCGAAUGCUCUGUGCGCAAUGUCCUGGGAGGAAAAGUGUUGGGCAUCGACAUGUCGGAGGCACAAAGACUCCUGACAGACCGCGGCUACGUGUGGGAAACGCACUUGCUUUGCUACGCAUCAAUUCUCGCACCGCUGGUGCUGGACACGUGUCUGCAGCGAGCUGGCUUCAAGCUAGAGCUCUGGAACAAACACACGCAGUGGCCCGCUCAAGCCACAGGGAUCUUGCAGAUCCGCGGCGCAGCUCAGACGAAGUUCUGGGCUGCUCUCAAGGCUUGCGCAGACAGGGUGUACAUGCUUGAUUGUUUCCUGAGUGAGCCCACGCUGAUCACGAACUGGCACCACGCCUUACAAGUGAACGAGACAUACGCAGUGGUUCCAGUACAGGCUAGGGACACACACUAG